ACGUUUCUCAAGUUUAAACCCCCACAUACAAAAAUUACACACAUUCACACAUAUAUCACACAUCAAACAUUCGGCAGGCUGUCCCAGUUUUUUCCGAUUAAAACCCGUAAUUUUCUCUCCCCCAAAUUCUAGGGUUCAAGUUGACCCUUUGCUCUUACUUCUUCGUACAGAGGAAAGGGACCACGGUGUUUUGAGUUUAAUUCUUCUUACAAUGGCUGAAUCUAUCCAAGGGAACAACUCGUUUGACUCGGCCCUUAUCCCUCUGAAGCAAAAACGAGGUCACCCACAAAAAGAUGAAAGCUUAUAUCAUGUACCAAGUGUUCGCCCAAGAACCCAUAACAACCUACUUGGAACUGGAAAUGCCAGUGUGCCAGAGCAUGUUAAUCCAGUUGAGGAUACAUUUAGUAAGGUAGGCCAGGCAGUUACAGCUGUUGUGGAGUCGGAAUUUGAUGAUGGUUAUGUGAUUACUGGUAAAAUUGGCAACUCAGAUCUAAGGGGUGUUCUUUUCAAGCCUGGACAUUAUGCUCCUGUGACGGCAGAAAAUGAUGUGGCCCCGCAUCUUUCGAUGAUCAGAGGAAAGGAGACUCCUCAUGCAACUCAAAAGAGGAGUGAUGCUCGUCAGAGGAGACCUAAAGAGAGCCAUCAGCGGAGAGCCAAUUAUCAAGGAAAUGGCUCAUCUGCAUAUCCUCUGGCAGCUAAUUUGUUGACCAGAAGAGACAUAACUGCAACUGUGACAGCUCCUUCAGUUGAAGCAAGAGGCACUGUGGUUCCUGUUGUUCUUGAACCAGGUAAUGCAGUUGCAGAGCAAGAUGCUCUUAUGGCUGCUCCGAAAGGCAAGAACAUGCAAACAGUUACACCGCCAACUACACAUAAACUGAAAUUACCAGCACCACAUCUCUCUGUCCCAAACAAUCUCCCAUGAAAUGCCAAAAGAUGUGAAGAGUGAAGAUGGUCCCUCUGACCAAGGCUUACUUGAGUUCUGAGUUAUCCGGACUGGGGUACAGCUGUUCGACGCGGGUGCGGUGCCGAGUAUCUGGUCCUUUGAAAAUUAGGAUAGGAUUCUUGGAUGCUGAGUACCAAAUCGGACACGGUGCGGGGAUCUGCAUAUAAGAUUAACAUAAGAGAAAAAUUUUAUGUUCUUUGUUCAUUUUACAUCUUAAAAAAAUUGUUAUGACUAUUGUCUUCUGCGGAUUAGCUUAUGUACUUGAUUAUGUGUCAUAUCUGUGUCAUAAAGUCAAAGAAUAACAUUAAAAUAUGUGAUUUAUA